AUGACGACUUCCGCGACGGACGUGAUUCCGCCCGCACACGAGGCUGCUGGAAUCUGCACAGCCCCGUGUCGCGCUGACGAGCUGAACAGGCACCACGCCCGCGCGCAAGGCCGCGACCUGCACUGCGACAGCGAGGGCCGCGGAACGACAGAGCGGCCGGGAACAGCUGGGCACAGCUUGCGCGCCGCGCGGGAUGAGGCCGGCGACGCGCUCGUCUAUUCCAACUUGGGAGACGGCAGGGUGCUGGUCUUUUGGCUGCUUCUGCUCGCUACCCAACUCGCGACUGCGCUGUGGUUCGGAAUCGUCGUCUCCUUGGCCAAGAUGCCCGUCUUGCCCCGUGUUUCCGGCCCUGAACCCCGUGCAAAAGGGGAGUCGGCUCAUUUAUUGGCAGAUGCCUGGUCGUCACUGACUCUCAGCACGACCGUCGACGCCGUCGCCGUCUUGGCCACGUUCAACGGCCCCGUCAUCCGGCGCUUUCAUUACGCCGUGUCCCAGCGCAUCAUGAUUCUGGCCUCGAUCCUGUCCUUUCUCCUGUCUUCGUGGAACGAAAAGGCGGGUUUCGUCGCGCGGUAUCCAGUCGAGUCCGUGGCCGUUGCUUGUGCGCUGUACGCGCUCUUCUGCCUCCUUCUAGACAGCUUCGAGAAGAAGAUGCACGCGAGCGAUGCGGAUUGCAGCUGGCGACGGCUUUCGCAGUACAGCCAAAGGUUCUGCCGAGCUCAGUCCACCUGGGGCCGUGCGCUGAUACACUCGGCUGUUAUUGCUGCCGUCGGGCUUUUCCUGACCGCACUCAUACCCGCUCCGUGGUCGUCGGUUAUUCCCGUCGUCCAGAUACUCUUCGAGGCCGUAUACCUAUCGACGUUGAGGAUAAAAAAGACGCCGCAGUAUAUUCUCCUCAGCUCGCCCCCCUUCUUUGCCAACAUCUGCGUGCUUUGGGGGGUGGCGCCGCUGCUUUCUUCGCCGCGAAUAUCUAUCCGGCCUUGGUCUUUUCUGGCCCUGUUUCUGGCAGGACGCGUACUGCUUGACGUGCACUUGCGAACUGUACUGAAAUGGCGGCAUGAGCUGCAAUGGACCAGAGAGGAGGUGCUCCCUUCUACACGCCGACUGUUGUGUGUUUGCGCCGCAAUGUUGCUGUUUGAAAACCUGGGGCUCAGGGUUGUCACAUAUGUCAAGCUUAUCAUGAUUCCUGCUAUAUUUGGUGCGGCAAGUGUUGGGUUCACUUCGCUUGCCGCCCACAGCAUUGCUGUUAGGGUCCCUGCUCACAGAUAG